CUCAGCUAUAUCCGGUUUUCAUCUUAGACCUGUCAGACUACCUGGUACCUGCACGUACCUCCUACACUACAGCAGCCUCUCGCUCUCACCUGCAGCAUGAAGCAAAAGAUCGUGAUCAAGGUGCACAUGAUGUGCGACAAAAGCCGGUCCAAAGCCCUGGGAUUGGUUGCCUCGAAACACGGGGUGGAGAGUGUGGGGAUAGAAGGCGACGACAGGGACCGGCUGGCGGUGGUCGGCGACGGGCUGGACGCCGCCAACCUGAUGGCAUGCCUGAGAAAGAAGGUGGCGUACGCGGAGAUCGUGACAGUGGAGGUGGUCGGUGCAGAUGAGAAGAAGCCGGAGGCGGAGACCACCGAGGAUCCGUUCUGGCAGCAGUGGUAUCACCCAGGAUGCAACUCCUGGCCGGCAGUACCAUACUCUUACCCCGAUGGCCAUUGCUACCAUUACCGCAUGUAAACUCGUGUAUGUGUGCCGCAUCAUCGAAUCGAUCGUUGUAUCUCAUGUUACGACAGUACUAGAGACGGCUGAAACAAUAGAGCGAACUUAUGUACAUAGGGUUUUGUAUGAAUGUGAUGAUC